AUGGGCGUACCAGGUCUAUGGAAUCUUCUGAAACCCUCUAUGUCUAUCAAGUCUUUUACUUCGUUAGCCUUGCCAGUACUGUCUUCUCCAUCUCGGGGCUUCCGUUUGGGAAUCGAUGUUUCUCUCUGGCUCUUCCACACUGGAUAUUCAAAGGGAGGAGAGAAUCCUGAGCUGCGCCUCAUCUUCUUUCGCUGCUGUUCCCUUCUGAAGUAUCCAAUUCUUCCCAUUUUCAUAUUUGAUGGUCCUAAGAGGCCCAAAUGGAAAAGAGGAAAGAAGAUUAACCGUUCACCUGUUAAGCUUAUUACAGCGGUGAAAGCGGUAGUCGAGGCAUUUGGCUUUGAAUGGCAAACGGCACCUGGAGAGGCUGAAGCCAAGUUGGCAUACCUGAACGAGGCUGGCAUCAUUGAUGGAAUCCUUACAGAUGAUGUCGACACUUUUAUAUUUGGAGCGCGUACAGUGAUUCGGAAUCCAUCCUCGACUCAUCCCCAUGACGACAAGUUUAGGCAGCAUUUUCACGUUUACUCUGAGAUCGAACAAAGUCGUGCAGAUCUCCUCUUGAUCGCCUUAUGUUCAGGCGGUGACUAUUAUGCUGGAUUACAAGGCUGUGGUGUUAAAACCGCUCUUGCAUUAGUUCAAUGCGGCUUUGCAGACAGUCUGUAUCAUGCGGCAACAAGUCUUCCACCUGCCUCUCUUCCUGCCUUUCUUGACCAAUGGCGCGACAAAGUUAUUUCUGAGCUUGCAGGAGACUUGCACGGCUGCAUUGGCCAGAAAAUGACUAGCCUAGCGUCAACCAUUCCCCAGGAUUUUCCUAACAUCCAUGUCCUUUCCUCUUAUAUUCAGCCAAUCACUUCGCUUUCGGAAGGUCGUCCAGAUUUUUACGCUGACCUCACCUGGACACAGAAAGAGCCCUCUAUUCCAGAAAUUGCUCGAAUAUGUGAAUUUUACUUCGAGUGGGGUUUUGAAGCUGCCAUUUUGGAGCAGUUUCACAAGAUUUUGUGGCCAUCAAUUACUUUCCAGGUACUCCAUCGACAACUCCUUUCACCUGAGGACGCUUUUCUUUCACGAUUUGCAGGUGAGCAGUCUGUGACAGAAGAUUUCUGUGAUUGGAUGACUAAGAUACAUUCAACACGGAAACACUUUUCUACAGAUUACACACCUGAGUAUCGUGUAGAGAUAAAGCCCUCCAUUUUUUCUCGCAUCGCUGAAACAGGAGUGCAAGGGAUAUGCAGGCAGGAUGAUAUAGAAUGGGAAGGCUCCUCUGAGGACAGUGACAGACAGAAUGGAGAUGAUGGUAUGGAUCUCCAGCAGUCUUCACUUCACGUCUGGGUACCAGCAGUAUUGAUGGAACAAGUAUGCCCGGAACUUGUUGAGGAAUAUGAGGGCACAGAACGACAGAACGACAAGAAGAGGAAGAGACGGGGAAGGUUUAAGGUAGGUAUCCAUUUAUAA